CGGCGGGGCAUGGGCGCGGGGCGCCGGGGGCCCUCCGCCCGGGCCCAGCCCCAGCCGCAGCCCGGAGCCCUGCCCCCGCCCUGAGCCAGCCCGUCCGGAGCCCGCAGGGCUGAGCCGACAGCCUCAAGUUAGUUAGUCGAGUUUUUUUUGUUGUUGUUGUUUCUGUGUUUUUUUUUUCUCCUUGGCGCUUCUGAAGAGGCUGUAAAGUCUGCCGGGAGAGGGAGAGACGGGGGGGAGGAGGAGGAGGAGGAUUUAAGGAAGGAAAAAAAAAUGGCGAGUUGCAGGAGCAGCGUGGAGAAAGCCGCGUUUUUGUGCUGCUUCUUGCUGGCAGCCGUGAGCUUAACCUCCUGCGCCCGGGCGGAGGAGGAAGAGCGAGAAGAGCAGCGCUCCUGCCACGGUGCCUUUGAUCUCUACUUCGUCCUGGAUAAGUCUGGAAGUGUCAGAAAUCAUUGGACAGAGAUUUAUUCUUUUGUGGAAAGCCUGGCUGAGAAGUUCAUAAGUCCGAUGCUGCGCAUGUCGUUCAUCGUUUUUUCCUCUCGAGGCACCACGGUCAUGAAGCUAACAGAAAACAGAGAAGCCAUAAGACGAGGGCUUGAGAUUCUUCAGUAUGAAGUGCCUGGAGGAGACACAUUCAUGCAUGAAGGAUUUAAAAGGGCAAAUGAGCAGAUUUACCAUGAAAGCUAUGGAGGAGUUCGAACUGCUAGUGUGAUUAUUGCUCUGACGGAUGGAGAAUUGCAAGAUACUCAGUUUUAUUAUGCAGAACAAGAAGCCAACAGAGCGAGAAGCCUUGGGGCUAUCGUUUACUGUGUUGGAGUGAAAGAUUUCAAUGAAACUCAGCUGUCAACAAUUGCUGACAGCAUCGAUCAUGUUUUCCCAGUAACGGGAGGCUUUUAUGCCCUAAGAGGAACCAUUGAUUCGAUUCUCAAGAAGUCUUGCAUUGAGAUCCUAGCGGCUGAACCAUCGAGUGUUUGUGCGGGGGAAUCCUUUCAGGUUGUGGUAAGAGGCAAUGGCUUUUAUCAUGCAAGAAAUAUCGACCAGGUACUCUGCAGCUUCAAGCUCAAUGACAGCCUUACUAUCAAUGAAAAGCCGACCAUUGUUCAUGGUACUUACUUGCUUUGUCCUGCCCCCGUGAUAGAAGAUGUUGGACAGGUGGUUUUCCUACAAGUCAGCAUGAACAACGGGCUAACGUUCAUCUCCAGCUCUGUCAGCAUCACCAGCACACAUUGUCUGACUGGGACAAUCCUCUUCAUUGCGCUCCUGAUUCUCUUUCUGCUGCUGGCUCUGGCUCUUCUUUGGUGGUUCUGGCCUCUUUGCUGCACAGUGGUGAUCAAGGAGCCACCUCCACCACCGCCUCCAGAGCCUGAAUCAGAUGAUGAAGAUGGAUUGCCAAAGAAGAAAUGGCCAACUGUAGAUGCAUCUUAUUAUGGAGGUCGAGGUGUUGGUGGAAUUAAGAGGAUGGAGGUGCGAUGGGGAGACAAAGGAUCAACAGAGGAAGGAGCAAAACUGGAGAAGCCCAAAAAUGCCAUUAUUAAGUUGCCAGAGCAGGAAUAUGAGCCGUGGGAACCCAAGCCAAAAAAGCCUCAUGUGAGAAAACCUCCUUCCCAGCGGAAGUGGUACACACCAAUCAAGGGCAAGCUUGAUGCGCUUUGGGCUCUGGUUCGACGAGGCUAUGAUCAGGUCUCUCUUAUGAGACCUCAGCCAGGGGAUAAGGGAAGAUGCAUAAACUUCACUCGGGUGAAAUCAGAUGGGACCUCUGCUCCUUACAGCCCACCACCGAAGCUGCCAAAGCGUGAUGACAUUCCUCUUAACAAUGCUCCGAGAAGUCCUCCUCCUCCCGUGUCUCUGCAGCCUCCUUCCAGGCAGCCGCCUCCUGGGCCACCCCCAUCCCGAGCCCCUCCUGGACCCCCUCCCUCACGUCCACCUCCCCAGCCCAUGGCUUAGAGUGUGGCAAAACCCUAAUUGACAAGUAUGUCUCUUUGCUGAACACAGCAUAUUUAUUGAGUAUUGGUUUACAGUUAAAGAUAUCAGAAUUUGUUGCUGGUCAGCAAAAAAAAAAAAAAAAAAAAAAAAAAAAGAAGAAGAAGAAGAAGAAAAAGAAAAAGAAAAAAAAUUGCCAAGUGUCAAUUUUAAUGUAUAAAUAUAUUUAUACCACACGUGCUGAGUAAACAUUCAGUGGAUAGAUUCAGAGCUAUGGGAAAUAGAAACAAACCAAAAUGAUCAUUUAGAUACAGUUGCAGCUUUAGUAUGUAUACAGUUGAAGAUCUAUUUACAUAUGACAUUUGUCUGACUUGGUACGUCAGAUCAUACAUUAAUAACUUUAGCCAAAUACAUGCACGUCAGUUGUUUUGCUAGCUGCCACCUGCAAGUUGGUUAAACAUAGUUCAUUGAAGAAUUUGCUUUCUUUCACCAACAGUACUGCAGCCAGAUGUUAACAGGGAGCAAUGAGUGCGAAGAUAACUUUUUGCCUUUGUUUGAUUCUGCAGGUGGAUUUCCAUGAAAGUUUAAAUUAAUGAGGUGAAAUGAGAUUAUAUGCCAAUAACCUAACUUUAAUAAUCUAGCAUAGAGGAGGAGUACCUCUUUCUCCUGAGGAAAAUCAGUAUUGAAUCUACCAUCUAGGUGGUUAGACUUGUUUGCAUAGAGUAGUCCUUUGAAGGUCAGAUUUUGGUUCUAGAAAUUCAAACCCUGAACAAGAGCUGGGUUUAUAUUUGUCCCAGCAGAAUGCAGAGAAAAACUGUUUGGCUCAGUAUUUAGUUUUCUUUUACAUAAAACACGCUCCAAAACGGAACAAAAACAUAUGUAACUUAAGCGUGAUGGCUACCAUAUGCAAACAGCAUGUGUUAUAUAUAUACAUCAGGAGUAACAGGAAUCAAUUCCAUUGCCAUUUAAUCAUUGACAAUUCUCCUUUUGAUUUCUGGAUGCUCUUAUAAUUCAAAUAUGAAUCCCCCCUAUGAAUAUCUUCCUUUAGGCAGGCCAGAUCCUGCUGACAUGUAACCUUACAGUCUACCUGUGGUUGAGGGUGACACAGUGUCUUGUGUCAAUGUUAGCUUUUCCCCUCUUCUAUAUGAUGUUUUUCUGGGGAUCUCCCAAACGUUGGGGCUACUUGGUGAAGACCUUAGCUCUCUGUGCCAUCUGAAAGCGAUGUGGGCACCCACACAGAGGUGGGGAUUUAUGACGCGGGACUGUGGGACAACCCAUGAAUUGUGUUUGCUGAGCAACACCUGAGUGGAUUGCACCCAGAUCAUUCCCUAGUGAAGCAAAGUAGCACUCGAGCUUGCUUUUCUCUUCUAUCGCCAAUUAUAUGGUAUUGGAGAGGGUGGUUGCAGAUCCAUGUGCUGGUUAGCAGUGUUACUAGGAUAGCUGUAGAAAUUUUGUCUGUGUUGUGUUAUAACACAGCAUAUACUCAUCUCUCCAUCUCUGUGUAGGUGUGGGUAUACAGCACAUCAUGCUAGUUAUUGGCAUAUAACUCAAAGAUAAAACACUAAUUGUAUCAUACAGUUGUUCCAGAUUUAAGGCCUCGUCAUGCUGUUGCUAUAGGAAUAUAAAGUUGCACUGGUACAGAUAGGAAUCGGGCUUACUAGUUCCAGUGGAAGUCCCACAUGCAGAAUGCAACACCAAGCUCUCAUCAGUCUAUACUGAUCACUGUGACAUGCCGUGUGUAGCUGGGGCUGUUAAAGAUUAAACUCAGAAGAACCACAGAGCCUCUUUCUCCUCUUGCACUGCUCUGCUCUCUUGAGUUAUGCUCUUACCUCAUGUAUAUUGGUGCAAGUAGUGGAAUCACACUCAUUGGUGCCAGCUGGCCUUGGAGGUGUUCCUGAUUUAGGCCUGAGCCAGCAAAGCACUUCUGCAUGUGUUAGUGUCCUGCAGGUCAAGAUGAACAUCCUUAUGCCCAAGUACAAGUAUGAUCAGAAAGGAUAAUUGGGAUGUACUCAGCCCUAUCCUCAUUCUUUUCAGUCACUUGAACAGGGUCUGCAUAAUCUGGUCCAUAAGAACAGAUAUCUGUUUGGAGGAGAAGUAUGUGUUUUUAUGCAGGAACUGUGUAGGCUAGUUUUUGGUUUCUCUUCUUUUACAAAACUUGCUUGGAGAGUAGCACUCUCAUGAGUGAAAAGGCCUUUUGCAGCCAGUGCAAUAAUUAGUCAGUCAUCACUUGCUUAUCUCCGUUUCUUUCAGUUGAAAGGUAAAACUAAAAUAUGUCCAAUUUUUCAUUGCAGUUCUGGUGAAGCUCCACUUCUGAUACUAGUAAAAGGAAUUGGAUUAUUCCAGGAGGCGGAUAGGGAAGGUGCUUUGCAAGCAAAGAUCGUUGGCUCACGUUGUUGUAGUCAUAUGGAAGCGUACAUGAAAUAAACUUGCUAGGUCUGAGCAAUGUUAUAAAGCAUGAGUGCAGUUGACCCUAACAGUCUCUCAUGUUGACCAUCUAAGAAUAAUUAGCCAACAAAUUCUAGCCAGGAAUUGAAAUGGCAGAGGGUCAUAAAUCCCCCUGCUGGGAUAAUAAAUGGCCUUUGAGAUUCAGCUGCCUGUAGGAAUGGGCAGACCUCUGCUGUACCUGUGCUAUAUCUAUAUGCAGAUAUCUUAGAUGCCAAGUCUUCCAUCACCUGGCAGUGACAGAGUUGAUGCAAUGAUGAAGCUCACAAAUGAUGGUAAGGAGCUAGUAAAAUAAAGCGAGAAUUUCUUUACAAAAUUGGUAACUGCUAAUGAAGUAGAAAUGAUGGAUCAGGAGUAAACUUGAGCAAAUGAAAAAGCCUGCAGGCCAGAUUCUGUCUUGUCUUGGCCUUGUGUAGUUCUGGGGGGUGGGGGGGAAGGUCAGUAGAGACCUCUUGUAGCAGAUUUGCAUUGAUGUUAGAGUAGGCAAAAUUGGACUCACCUUCAGUGAGAAUAGAGGUUUUGGCUUGGGAAUGGCUUGUCACAUUCAAACAUCCAACAGGCCUAUUGUUUGUAGUUGAGGGGAAUCUUUGCUAGAAUAUGUCUCAUCUUGCAGAGAUUGCAGAUAUUAACAAUUUCUCUGUAACUUGCAAGUACAGUGGAGGCAGUAAUGGUUUGGGAUUCCAGAUAAUCAGAUCCAUAUGUGAGAGAACAGGAAGCACCCACCAUAGAUGUGAAAAUUACAUUCAGUGUAAAUGGAGCUUUCAGCAUCCGCAUUAUACAAAAUUAGGCAUUUGGUGUAUAACUGAAGUUUUCCCUGCAGAUUCUGCAAUGGGAGCACUGCAGGUUUAGGUUAGAGUUUGUGGAUAAAGUGGGAAGAAAAGAAACUGAAGCACACUGACUGAUCUUUGCAAAGUGACUGGGGCAGUGAAUACAUGGCACUGGCUACAGAAAGGCCUUUUGACUUUGUAAACGUGUCCAUUUGUAAUGGUCUCAGGCACUAUAACAAUGCCACAGGAGAAACUGGUUGCUAUUGUAUAGUCUACUGAGCUUGAUCCUUCACCUGGUGUAAACUAACAUAGGCCAACCGAAGCCAAGGCGGUAAUGCUAGUGCCUGUCAGCUGAGGCCUGGCUCAUAAUAAGGGAAGGGACAAAAUCCCUCUAACUGGCUAGAUGUUUGAAUAUGUUUGCUUCAGUACACUUGUUGGCCAGUUGCGAUUACAAUAGUUGCACUGUUAAGAAAUGUUCUCAUAUGGGAUCAUUCCCCAGUAUUUUCAAGCUUGUAGCGUCAUUUGAAAUCUGCAAAAAGUGAUUAUCUAAUGUUUUGCCUCAUUCAAGUGAAAAAUAAGGAUUCGGGGGACCAUUGGCUCGCACUUAGCACAGAUAUGUAAAGACACAAGGUGCAAAGCAGUGGGAGUAAAAACCCCAUGUAAUUAAAGCUGAUAACAGAACCGCAUUGAUCAAAGCAUGUCCAUGGCCAUCUUUCAACCUUGGUGCAUGUAUUGCCAUCUGUGGGAGUUGACUGCAGAGCAGACGACCCUCAAUGUAAAAAGGAAAAAAAGAAAAAGAAUCAGCUCCUCAUCUGAAUGAGUGAGUAUAACAAUGAAUGACAUAAUUUCAUGAACUGUACCAGUUCAAAUGCAUGCGCACCUGGUGCUCCUAACACAUUUUACUCUUGUUGAUCUUUAGACAAACUUGAUCAGAAAUACUCUUUCUCUCUUAAAUGUUUGCUGUUUUUAUUGUUAUUUUGUUUUUGUUUUUUUUUUUUUUAAACGUAACAUUUCACUGAAAAAACAGCCCUACUUCUGUAAAUAUAGUUUAAUUUGGAGGAGACAGCACACUUCUGGAUGUUACUGCUGGACAGUUAUUUAUUAAAAGGGGCUUAAGGUGAAAAAAUACAGGUGGCUCAGGAUACAUGCAUGCAAGUGUGAUAAUGCAGUAUAGCAUUUUCAGUUCUUUGUAGUUUUGGGGGAAGGAGAAUUUUAGGGUCAUCCUAGUAUGUUUAGAAGUUUGUUACUGAUCUGAUACUUUUGAAUAAUGCAAUAGAGAUUUGUAACAUUUAAGUGCUUGAACAAUUGUGUAGAUUAUGAUAGAAUUUCAUUUGGGGGGAAGGGGUAGUGGAGGAGAAACUUUUUUUUAGUUUUUAAAGGAAAAACAAUAUACUGUACUAAACCUUUCUGGAAAAUAUUUUGUUUUCAGAAGCAGGGGGAUGUGGGCUGACAGCCAGCCAGGGCAUGGAGAUAAGGGACAGAGGAAGCAGAUUAUUGAAGGUCAAGGAAGUUUUACAUGGGGGUCUGGGUUUGUUACUGGUACAUGUGGUACAAAUUUCUGUAACUAACAUGCAGCUUCCAUGUUAUAAUCGUAUAACCUUUAUGCAUUUUAAGUGCCUGCUCCAUUUUUCUGAGAAAACCUUGCAAAUGUAAUACCUGCAUGCAAAUGUGGGAGAUGUAGCCAAAGUCUUAUAAUCCAACGUAAUGUAGUCUUAAUGGAUUCAAAGUCAACAAUAAAAAUACUUACUGGAUAAA